UUAUUCCGCAUCCGCAUAAUUUAUUCGACAUUCGAGUUUACUUUUUUGUAGUUUUGUAUUAUUUACUCAAUUCAUCAGGUAUAGGUUUGUAUAUGUUUAUUUUUAAUAGAAAUUUGAUGACGCACGACUCGGCUUGGAAUUUGAUUAUUACUGGUUGACAUUGGAUUCGCGGAGUGUGUCGACAAACUUGUCCUCCUCGGUUUCUGUUUAUAUUUGGCGCUUGUUCAGUUUUCAAAACUCUGUGUUCACUUUAUAAUGUGAGAUCGAGUGUGUUUGGGUGAAACGAAAAAUAAUAGCGAAAUAAUAACAUGAUCACGGUCGGGAGACGGUUAAUACUUGCUGGUCUGAUCGUCGUCACGUUGCAAAUAGGAAAUGUGUCGACAGCACCACCGACUGAGAAAACUGUCAGUCAACUCAUGAUGUCAUCUGCCGACAAGUUUAGCAAAUUUGGUCUGUUGAAUUAUUUCAAAGACCUGAAUCUCGACAAAUUUUGCAAUUAUCCAUUACUAGACGUCAACAGUUUCAAGACAGUAGAAAACGAAUAUGCUUUUCAGUGUUUUUGUACAGUAAUUUACAACGUUAGCUGUGAAUUUGAAUACAGUCUCCUAAAUUCCAUCGACUUAGAAGCAGCAAAAUACACAACUAAUGAUCACAAGUUUAAAGACGAAACCAUGUAUGGCAUGUGGAAAAAUGUGACCAAAAUCUCACAAUCAAUGAAAUUACUAAUGGAUCCAUUAAACAAUGUAACUAAAUGGAAUAAGGUCUGUUAUAAUUUGAAAAAUGAAUUGCAUACGUACUGUAAAUUUUUAAAUGUAGAGGUGUUACUGUUACACAGUAGCUAUUUGGAAAAGUCUAAAACAUCUAUAAAAAAAAAUAUUGCCAAUCCAUCAAAAAACAUUAAAGAAUCAGUUGUUCCUAGUACUGCUAUUGAAGAGCCGAAAAAACCUGAGGGCCUACCUCAAAUUGAGGUUGAUAAAUCUCCUGAAAUAAUCGUAGACAAUACUCAAAAAGUAGUUGAUGUCAAUAAUGAUAGUAAUAAUGAUGAAGAACUUCCUGCAGAAAUACCAAAGGAUAACAAUAUUAACAUUGAAGACGAUGAAACUACUACUGAAGAUGAAAAACAAAUUGAAGAAAUAGAUGCCCAAACUCCGAUCGAUUCUAAACCUGAUUCAAAAUCUAGUGUUGAUUAUCCUAAAGAGAGCGACGGUACCAUUAACCAAUCAGAGACCAAAGAAGUUGUAUCAAGAUUAGGUCCUAAGCCUAAAUUUCCAAAUCGUGCGUUUGGCGAUACAGAAGACUCACAUUUCCUUUUCUACUUCAGCAUAAUGACUAUACUAUCAAUGCUGUUUUAUUUAGCUCUAUACAAUAAGAAAAAAAUAAUUGCACUUUUAAUUGAAGGACGGCGAAGUACUAACCACCGAAGGCGACCAAAUACUUCUAGUUAUUUGAAAGUAGAGACUGAUGAUGGAUCAACUGUGUUUUGAUGAAACGUAUUAUCUUCAGCGAUUUAUAUUGCAAAAACUAAAUUAGUCUUAGACUCUCAAUGUUGUGAUGUUGAGUGGUUGUUGAUUGAAGAAUUUCCUAUAACAAUUGUCAAAUUUUUAAUGGGAUAUAUAUUUUUAAGUUAGAAAAAAUUCUGUGAUGAAAAUUUGUAUAUAUAAAUUUUACGACUUUUUUAGGAACCUUUAGCUUUUAUUUUGAUAUUAAUUAUAAACUGUUGAUCUUAACUUUUUAACUGUCCAAAAAAAAAAACAUGAAUACUUAAAUUUGUAAUAAGUUCAUAGUUUGUCUUUUUUAUUCAACAAAAAAAAAGGGACAUUUUAUACAACAUACUUAAUACAUCUCUAUAUAUAAAAGUAAAAUUAUCAUCUA